AUGGUCACCGUGAGGCGACCUCCACGCGAAUACGCGGAGCACGGAGCUGAGGGGUCUGCAGCCCCAACACCCCCCACAAACCGGAAGGACUCACUGCGCCGAGCCACCUCCCCCGGAAACGGCGCUUCCCGGUCACGUGCACGCGGGGCGGGGCCGCGCCGCGGCUUCUCCAGCUGGGACAUCGCGCUGCUGGUGCUGUGGGGGCCCAUCGGCUUCUUGCCCUGCUUCGCAUUCAUGUGGCUCCUGGACAAGAGAGGUCUGCGAGUAACUGUGCUUCUGACAUCUUUCCUUAUGGUUUUGGGUACUGGUCUAAGAUGCAUACCUGUGUCAGACUUAAUGCUUAGAAGAAGGUUAAUCCAUGGAGGACAGAUGCUAAAUGGAUUGGCAGGUCCAACGGUAAUGAACGCAGCACCAUUCCUGUCUACAACAUGGUUUUCUGCAGAUGAACGGGCCACAGCCACUGCGAUCGCAUCUAUGCUGAGUUAUCUUGGUGGAGCAUGUGCAUUUUUGGUCGGACCACUUAUUGUUCCUGCUCCCAAUGGGACAUCACCCCUCCUUGCUGCAGAGAGUGGCAGGGCUCACAUUAAAGAUCGCAUCGAGAUUGUGCUGUAUGCAGAAUUUGGAGUUGUGUGCUUAAUAUUCUCUGCAACUCUAGCUUAUUUCCCACCCCGGCCUCCUCUCCCUCCCAGUGUUGCUGCAGCUAGCCAGCGGCUGAGUUACCGGCGCAGCUUUUGCAGAUUAUUGAGCAACUUGAGAUUUUUGAUGAUUGCUUUAGCAUACGCUAUCCCUCUUGGUGUGUUUGCUGGUUGGUCUGGAGUUCUCGACUUAAUUUUAACACCAGUGCAUGUCAGUCAAGUAGACGCUGGCUGGAUUGGAUUUUGGUCCAUAGUUGGAGGCUGUGUUGUUGGAAUAGCUAUGGCAAGGUUUGCGGAUUUUAUCCGGGGUAUGCUGAAACUGAUCCUCCUCCUCCUCUUCUCUGGGGCUACACUGUCCUCCACGUGGUUCACCCUGACCUGUCUGAACAGCAUCACACACCUGCCUUUGACCACAGUGACAUUAUAUGCCUCCUGUAUUCUCCUGGGAGUGUUCUUGAAUAGCAGUGUACCUAUAUUUUUUGAGCUUUUUGUGGAAACUGUCUACCCGGUUCCAGAAGGAAUUACUUGUGGAGUUGUCACUUUUUUAAGUAAUAUGUUCAUGGGAGUGCUUUUAUUUUUUCUCACAUUUUAUCAUACAGAAUUGUCUUGGUUCAACUGGUGCCUUCCUGGGUCGUGUUUGCUUAGUCUCCUCCUCAUUUUGUGCUUCAGGGAAUCCUACGACAGACUCUAUCUUGAUGUGGUAGUCUCAGUGUAACCACACAGACUUGAAGGAAUUUCAAAGGAGACUGGAAAUCAAUACCACACACUGCACAUUUGCUCGGAGUUGCACAUCUAACAGGAAUAAAAAAAGGAGAAGAAAGAAACUUCAUCCAGAGGUUUUGUUAGGUUACAGGUUAUCACAUUAAUUUAAUUGCUACCAGUAAUAAUGCAGGACUUACUUGUGUGGUAAUAGGGAAUUUAAAAACUCUACAAGUGGCCGACCUGUGCCUGAUUCCAGGGGCCGGAAGUCUGAUGUCUUGCACACGAAGCACUAACUACCAUAGGUGAUCCUCUUUGUGUUCUGUGCCAGUGCUAAACUACUGAGCCGCAGUAACUAGGAAAAGGAAGGGCAUCUGUCACAUGAAGAUAACUCCUCCGGAAGUCACACGACAAUAGGAAGAAAUGCCACUAACUUCUAAGGAAGUUUAAACCCUAUAUUAUAUCAGAUUUUAAUUACAAAAUAGCCAAGUGAUAUAUUGAUGAUAGAAAUUAGCCACGUGUACACUACAUGUUUUUCUAAUAAAGCCAUUUCUUAUAUGAGUCCUUAUUUAUAAUCAGGCCAGAAGCCUCCGGCCUCUUUGACACCGUGAUAAAUGCUUUCCAGAGACUUCAGAACUUAGGUGCUGUGUCUGUAUCCCAACUUGCCCUUGUUUCUAUGAAUACAAUUUCAUCUACAAAGCUACAAAAGAUGAUUGUAGCAAGGGUGACUAAAUGUUUGAUAGUGACACUAACUAUUGUGUGAAGAGUGUAAUUCUGUUAUGACUUAGCACUUUGUUAAAAGAAAUAACCAUGCAGCAUGUGUGUCUUCAACCUACACAUGGUGGCAGGAGCUGUAAAGCACAGCACUGACUGUUACUUACCAGGAUUAGAUUUUUAUUAAAUGACCCUUGUUUGAACAAUUUAAAACACUGAAACUUUCAAAACUUUAUAUGUGAUUUCUGAGUUGUAUCCUUGUCUCAGUUUAGGGUAUAAAAUACCCAAUUCUGUGUGAAUUCAAUGUAUUUGACAAGGCAGCAUUUUGCCAGUACCUGUUUUCUUUCUGUGAAUAAUAGAGAUUUUAAAAACUAAGAGUUACUCUUCAACGGCUCUCAGAUAUGUUCCACCAUGACAGGAAGGGCGCGGCAGUGUGUGUGUAAUAUUCCCCAAAAAGAUCAAGAGUAACAUUUUACCUAGAUUAUUCUCUGCUUCCAGCCCCUCUCAUUUUUUCCCUCACUUGAAAUUUUAACUCGUUGUCAGCUAGGUAUGCAUUUUCUUUGCCUUGUCCUGGUUCCCUGGCCCAAGUGGGAAAAUGCUCAUGGCCUGACCUCUCCCAACACCUCCCUGGUUCUUUAGCAAGCUCAUGGCUAUGCAGUUAAAUCGCCUCAGACCUAAAAGGCUCCAGGACUCCUUGGCAUUUUCUAAGUCCUUUCUUUCCAACUGUGAAACUUGGAAUGUAUGAAAACCCACAAAUGUAACAGCCAGCUUCAGUCACCUUUGAACCGUCUCCCCUUCUAACCACCUUGCUCAUUUGGCGGCAAAAAUGGAACUUAAAAACUUGCUGAAGAGAAGAGGUCUGUGAAAGCGAGGCUCAGUACCAUUCACUCAUUCUCCCUACAUAAGUAAAAGGAAAUAAAAAGAAGACAGAAUUCUUGAAAAUGAUUGAAAGCGAGCCACAGAGGAUAUCAGCAGGCUAUGAGCUGGAUGCUAAAUAACCACCACCUUUUCCGGUUUAGAGAGGAGACAGGAGAGAAGUGUGGAGUGUUUGGCCUUAGCCUGUUGUGUUUGAGGACGUUGCUGUAUAAAAUCCUACUACAAAAACUUCUGGUGUAGGAAAUUUUAAUUAAUUCUACUUUUGACACAAAAUAGAAUAACAUGUAAAAAAUAUUCCCUAAAUGAUCAAUUUAGUUUAAAGACAUCUGAAGUGGGAGUGAUUAGCAAUUCUUGUGUUGUGCCUGGCAGCAACUCUUGUUCAGCUGACGUGAGCAGAGAGGAAGCACCUGUCUCCUGUGUGUUGGCCUUCCCCUCUGGAACAUAUGUUCUAAUCACAGACUGAAAAUGGUUUAAGGGCUCAAAAUUUUAUCUGCCAAAACUGAUAGGAAGGUUGUGGGGUGGGGCUAUAUUUUAUUUAUAUGAAUAUCAAAAGUCAUGUUCGCUUUGUGUAUUUAUUUCUAGCCUGCAUCAAAAUAGACAGGCUGUUAUCUUUGUACUUUCUAAACAGAAUCCAAAUGACCUUUUGUAACUGGAAGAAAUCUUAACCCUCUUCCAAUCUAAGCCCUCAUUUUCGAAUUCCACAGAACCUGUCCUUAGAGAGGUAAAGUACCUAGUAGCCGAAGUUCUAGUUGUUGCCUUCCCUUGGUGUCCUUGGAUUGGUUCCAAGCAAAUACCAAAGUCCUUGGGUGCUCAAGUCCUUGCUAUAAAAUGGGUUAGUACUCAUCACUGAUGUCAUCCCCUAAUAUACCUUCCAGGGUUACCCAAUACUCAGCCCUUGGGCCUCGUGCAACCCUGAGCAGCUAGGUACUCGGCCCCCCAAAAUCAUAAACUGGGAACAUUAUUAUGUGAUGUUUAGUGAUGUGAUGGGUGCUGAUGUGCCAGGCCAGGCCAUGUAGGGAGGGUGCAAUCCAGUGCUCACUUUACUUCCUGCAUUCAUCACACAGCCGAAUGGAAACCAGUGUGUGUCAGAUGUUACAUGCACUUGUGUGACCUGGUGAGUAGAAUUCGGUGACAACUGGUAGUAGUAGUUCAGCCUACCUACAUGCACAUAUGCCUGUGAAGAAAAGUGUUAUUGUUUUUUUAUGGCUUUUUGAGGCGUUUGGUGGUUCUUUGCAGUAUUGGGGGUUAAACCCAGGGCUUUCACUCUGAUCUACAUCUUCAGCCUGAUUUGAUUAUUGUUUUGAAAUAGGUUCUCACUAAGUCACUGAGCUGCCCAGGCUGGGCUUGAACUUUUGUUCCCUUGCCUCAGCCUCCCGGAGUGCUGGUAUUACGGGUGUGUGCUACCAUGUCCUACAAGACAUGUGUUUAUUGUUAUUUAGACAGGCAAUUCAUUUUCAAUUAGUGUAGUCAAGUUAGAUUCUCAUGCUUUAAAUCAUCUCUAGAUAGCUUAUACCUAGUGGAGUCCUUUGGUUACAGCAUACCUGCUAUGUUAUUUGUUUAAGAGAUAAUAAGAAAAAUCUGUACAUCUUCCAUGUGGAUGUAUUUCUUCCCAAGUAUUUCUGAUCAGUGGAUUGAACCAAUGGAUGUAGAACCUGUGGACAUGGAGGGCCCACUACAGAGGCAAAAGUAGAACUAAGAUCUGUACUUUCUGACUCCUAGUUUAUAUCCCUUACCUUACAGAGUUACAGCUUACUGAAGACCAUUUGGAGUGUUUGUGAACAUUCUCCUGUGUCCAGAAAUGAUGGGGUUAUGAGCAAACUGCCAAUACUGAGUAUGCAGUGUUCAGGGAGCAAACUGAGAUGGUUGUUUGGUUUACAAGUAAAUUUUCUAAGUAAAUCAUUAUCCUAUCGGGGCCCUAACGUCUCAUAAGUCUUAGCUUUCAGUGGCAUUAUGUGAAAAGAUUCUGAUGAAUAAUUCAGUUCUCAUAAACCCAGCCAACAGCAUUAUUAAUUGGUAAGGACGUGUUAUAUAGUGUUAGUUCCCUGUUGCUUAUCAAUUCAUAUUUCACACUUUAUGGGAAGAAGCAUUUUUUAAUAUGAUCAUGGUGGAAGUAUAGGAACAAGAUAAUUACACAAAUGCAUUUCAGUGGAAGAUGGAGCUAAUAAAACAAGAGGGACUCGAGUAUGCAUUUAAUUUUAUAUAUUUAAACAUGUAUGGCCAAAGGGCCAGGUUUUAUCAUGGUUCAUAUAUUCAUAUUUAAUUAUUGAGAAUGUUUAUAGCCUGUUUUUAUGAAGUCCUCCUAAUGAGGGAUCCAAGCUAAGGGAUUUUAAGUUGAAGAGAUUUAAUCCCCAUCUACUUAUUUUUUAAUUAAUUUUUUUUACUCUUAUUUUUGCUACAGUCCAAAGAUUCAUCUUGCAGUCUUCCUGAGUACCUUGCUUCAUUUUAAAUUCAAGAUAAAAUAAAAAUGCAUAGAAAAUUUGCUUUCUAUUAAUGUUAAAAGUCACAUUAAUUUCACAUUUAUCCCUGAAGCAGUACCUAUAGGUCUUGCUACGAUCACACCACACUACUGGGCAAGCGCAAAAGCGGUGAUGUGUGGCUUUGUGCAUUGCUCAGUGGGUAGAGUGCUUUCAUGCACAAGGCCCUGAGUUCACGCCCCAGUACCACAAAGAGCAAAUAUAUAAAAGCUGUAAUAUGAAAAUAUUAAGAAACACAUGUAGAAAACUAUGAGAGCAUUUGAUCAGACCUAUUUUUUGUUGUUUUGUUUUUUCCAGUACCAGGGAUUGAACUCAGGACCUUGUACUUGCCAGGCCAGCAUGGCUCCACAGAGCUAAAUCCCAGCCCCAAUCAGGUCUCCCUUAUAAAUAUGGGGGAGAUGGGGAGGG